GGGGUGGAGCCUGCGCGGGCUGGUCUGGAGCGGGCGCAGAGGCCCGGGACGCGGGAGUCAAGCGAAGGCCAAGCUGAGGCUGCCGAGCCCAGCCAGGCAGCGAAGCCGCCGCCAUGGGCAUCAAAUUUUUAGAAGUUAUCAAACCUUUCUGUGCAGUUCUACCAGAAAUUCAGAAACCUGAAAGAAAAAUACAAUUUAGAGAGAAGGUAUUAUGGACUGCUAUAACUCUCUUCAUUUUUUUAGUAUGUUGUCAGAUACCACUAUUUGGAAUCAUGUCAUCAGAUUCUGCAGACCCAUUUUACUGGAUGAGAGUUAUUCUUGCAUCCAACAGAGGGACUUUAAUGGAAUUGGGCAUCUCCCCAAUUGUAACAUCUGGUUUGAUUAUGCAAUUGUUAGCUGGAGCCAAAAUCAUUGAAGUUGGAGAUACACCCAAAGAUAGAGCUCUCUUCAAUGGAGCCCAGAAACUGUUUGGUAUGAUCAUCACCAUUGGGCAAGCCAUUGUGUAUGUCAUGACGGGCAUGUACGGGGACCCUGCUGAAAUGGGUGCAGGCAUCUGUCUCCUUAUCAUCAUCCAGUUGUUUGUUGCUGGUUUGAUUGUGCUGCUGUUAGAUGAGCUGCUACAGAAGGGUUACGGCUUGGGGUCUGGUAUUUCCCUCUUUAUUGCCACCAACAUCUGUGAGACCAUUGUCUGGAAGGCCUUUAGUCCCACUACCAUUAACACUGGCAGAGGUACUGAGUUUGAGGGUGCUGUGAUAGCUCUAUUCCACCUGCUGGCCACCAGGACAGACAAAGUUCGAGCUUUACGGGAGGCAUUCUACCGUCAGAAUUUACCCAAUCUCAUGAACCUCAUUGCUACAGUUUUUGUGUUUGCUGUUGUUAUAUAUUUUCAGGGAUUUCGUGUUGAUUUGCCCAUUAAGUCAGCCCGCUACCGAGGACAGUACAGUAGCUACCCCAUCAAGCUCUUCUACACCUCCAACAUUCCCAUUAUUCUCCAGUCUGCUUUAGUGUCAAACCUCUACGUCAUUUCCCAGAUGCUGUCUGUCCGAUUCAGUGGCAACUUUUUAGUAAACUUACUAGGACAGUGGGCUGAUGUCAGUGGAGGAGGACCAGCACGGUCAUAUCCAGUGGGAGGCCUCUGCUACUACCUUUCUCCCCCAGAGUCCAUGGGCGCCAUCUUUGAGGAUCCAGUCCAUGUUGUGGUCUAUAUCAUCUUCAUGUUGGGGUCCUGUGCAUUCUUUUCUAAAACGUGGAUAGAAGUGUCUGGGUCCUCAGCCAAAGAUGUAGCUAAGCAACUUAAAGAACAGCAAAUGGUAAUGAGGGGCCACAGAGACACCUCUAUGGUUCAUGAGCUUAAUAGGUAUAUUCCUACAGCUGCUGCCUUUGGUGGGCUGUGCAUUGGGGCCCUGUCGGUGUUGGCUGACUUCCUGGGGGCCAUCGGUUCUGGCACAGGCAUCCUGCUUGCAGUCACCAUUAUUUACCAAUAUUUUGAAAUAUUUGUUAAGGAGCAGGCGGAAGUUGGAGGGAUGGGUGCUUUGUUUUUCUAAAUGUUCCAGUAUUUGUGUGUGAAAGGUAAAAGGUUUUGACGCAUCGUUUUUGUCUAGUAAUGCUGGUUCCCUUUCCUCCCCUUACAGUUUGUUUUGAAGUGCUACCUAUCCCAUUUCUGAAGUGGGCACCAAACUCAGCCUGUGUGCAGCAGUAGUACCAGCUGCCUUAAAACUCAAGUUUACAUUCUUCAUUUAAAAAUGUACCUGUAGUGUUGCUUGUGAUGCUGGAAACCAUUGCACACGCCUUGCCAUGUUCAGUCACGCUGGUGAGAUGGUGACAUGGGUCAGUUUUGCACACAACAUUCAAAACUCAGUAUUCCCCCCCACUUGUUGAAAAACAAACAGUUCAAAUUGCCACUUUCCAGUAUUUUUGAGCUUAUUGAGUUCUGGAACAUUUAUAUCUAAUCUAUAUUUUAGAUAUAAUUUUUAUACUUUUUUAACUCAUAGUAUCCAUGUUCUACCCUUUAUUUGACUUUUCUCAGAGCAGCCUCUUGGCCCAAGUGGGCAAAAAUCAAGCUUCAAAGUUUCAACUGUCACCAGAAACACUGGCUGAGAACUAAGUAUUCCUUUUCCUCAUUCCUUUUUCUUCCCACUGACAGCCCUGCUGGUGCUGUAUGACUGUAUUGGCUAUGCCUUCAUGUUCCAACAAAUCACUUGAGAAUAUUCUUUCAAGAUAUGAUGUCCCAGUUCUUUGGUUUUUGAAAUCCCUGCAGCAAAGAUCUAAUCCUAAAGUAACGUCAGUAUUUCAGUGGGGGUGAACAAGUAAUUCAUUCUAGGAAUUUGUGUAUGUUGUUGUACUUUAUAGCAGCAACAUGAGUGUAAACAGUAGACAAUACACAUUUAUUUAAUAAACUCAGUUGUGUUGGAAAAAUAAAAAAAUUUGACAGCAAAUGAUUUCUAAGACUUAUUUGUAUAGGCUUCGUUGUACUAAUAAAAUUCCAUCUUGAGAUGCUGACUGCAAGAA